GCUGACGCAGGUGUGGGGCCCACAGCGGCGUGGUACGGGCUGUGCGCGGCGCUGGUGGCGCUGCCGGCGCUGCUGGGCUACCUGCGGGAGACGUGCCGCGUGCGCCUGUCCCCGCGUGAGCUGGCGCACAGGAAGCACCACAGCGUCCGGCGCGAGGACCUGCCGCAGGUGCAGCUCUCGCGCUCCGAGGCCAUCGCCGAGGUGAAGAGCUUCCUGAUCCAGCUGGAGGCUUUCCUGAGCCACGUGUGUGGGCGCUGCGAGGCCGCCUACCGUGUGCUGUACUGGGAGGACCCCGCUGCCUCCACCCAGUUCUAUGGCGCACUGCUGGGCUCCAUCUGCAUCCUGUACCUGCUGCCGCUCUGCUGGGUCCUCGCCCUGCUCAACAGCAGCCUCUUCCUGGGCAACGCUGAGUUCUACCAGGUGGUGCUGGAGUUCAAGGCCACAGUGGAGCAGCAGCUGGGCAUCAGGCCCGUCGAGAGCCCCUCGCCCUUGCAGCCGGCUGAGAUCGAGGCAGGUGCUGGGACAGCUGCGCCCCUGCCGGAUCGGACCCCCACACCCACCAGUGCUGAGGACCUGACACCUGGCAGCGUGGAGGAGGCAGAGGAGGCGGAGCCUGACGAGUUCAAGGAUGCCAUUGAGGAGAACCAGCUGCUGGGCCUGGAGGACGACGAGAGCUCGCAGUGCUCGGUAGAGUUUGACCUCCCGGACAACGGCUUCCUGAGCAAGAACGAGGUGAUCCGCAGCAAGGUGUCACGCCUCACCGAGCGCCUGCGCAAGCGCUGCCCCUCCAACAACUUUGGGAGCUGCACCGGUUGUGCUGCCACCUUUUCCGUGCUCAAGAAAAGGCGGAGCUGCAGCAACUGUGGGAACAGCUUUUGCUCCCGGUGCUGCUCCUACAAGGUGCUCAAGUCCUCCAUGGGAGCCACAGCUCCGGAGGCGCAGCGGGAGACGGUGUUCGUGUGUGCGCCUUGCAGCCUGGCUCUUGCCAAGUGAAGUGCAGCGCUUCCUGCCUGGCCCUGCCCAGCACCUGCUGCAGCCGUGGGUGGGGCAGGGGCCUGGCCUCCUUGUGGCUGCUUCCUCUGCCGUCUGGCCAGAGGCAUCUGCUCCUCGCUACUCUGCAGCCAUCCCCACCCCAGGCUGGGCAGUGCCGUGGGUGCUGGCUUGGCAGCUCCGUUCAGGUGCGUGGGGGCAAUGGGCAUAGUGCUGAGCGGAGCCAUGGGGGCAGCUGGCCUGUCCUCGCCCUGCCCGGCUGGGCUCCCCCAGCAUCCUCCGAGCCCUGUUAGGGCAGGAUAGGACCGGGGCGUGAAUGAGAGAUGGGUUCUGUCGUUGCAGAGCCUGGGUGGGGUCUAUGAUCUCUGGCUGGGGAGGGGGGUGGUCCCUAGGGCUCUUCCAGGUCUCUGGCCUGGAACCUGCUGCUGGGCACUGGGUCCCUCCCCUCUCCCCAGCCAGGAUGGGACUCGGGAGUCCUGCCCCCCGGGGGAGCCAGCCUGGUGCAGAGCAUCAAGGCUGGGGCCGUCUGGGUCCCAGAGC